ACACGCUCGACAUUUAGGAUAUCAUUCUCUAGUCCCUGCUCAAAACAAAGCUUACAAUGGCAAGCAACGCUUUGUUCGGCUUAGCUGUGUUGCUGAUAUGUGGAUCUAGGUCGACAGUUGUUAAUCAAACCACUAAAGAUACUUUAGUCAGUCCCAGUGUCAUAGAGGAAGGCGGAACUUUUACUGUGACAUGUGACGCGUCACGAGCUGGUGUACCAACAAGUGUCAUCUCUAUCGUGUCCUUGACUAUUGCGUCGUCAAAUGGGGGGACAGAGCCAAAAACUUUGGCAAGAAACAGACUGUACCCACCUCCCUACCAGUCUCAACUACCACCAAUAACUUCACCUGCAAGAAACUGGAGCUUUCAAUUCACUGGUAGCCUAUCCGCAACAUCUGAUAGACCAAUUAACAGGAACACGAUUAAAAUAGAAAUUGUGGUCAAUGAUGCUAAAUGCUCAGAUGCUGGCUUGUAUUUCUGUAACGCGACGUACCUAAAUGAAAACGAUGAUGAAACGCCAGCAAGCAACUAUCAAAAUGUCACAAGUAGAGCCCGAGCAGUACCUCUGUCCCUGAUGUUAGUUCCCCAGUACGAAGAGGGACUGGGUCCAUACCAGUCAGUCAAUCCUGCAGGGUCUAAUGUUACUUUGACGUGUAACGUUAAUGGUCCAAAAGCAUUAAUCUUCACCUGGAAGUACGGCCCUUCUAUUUAUGACGUCAACAGUUUCACGUCAUAUCCUGUACAAAACGCUGUAUCAGUUGCUGAACCUGUGCUGGUCAGUUCUGGGACAACAUGUGUCCAAUAUAUUCAUUCGUCAACACUGAAGUUUCAAACAGAAGACAUGUAUGAUGGCUACAUGUAUGUGUGUGUGGCUACAGAAAACAACAGAGACACUAAAAUUGGGAACAUGACCAUAUACACUAAAAUAGUUACACCAGCUCCUUAGAUAGCAUAUCAGCAGAUACAUGUACAAACAUUUAAUUAGUACCUCAAAGUCCUCCUGCAGGCCAAAAGUGAUAGAAUAACACAAUCGUGGUACAAGAAGUUCUGUGAGGAAUUCAGUAAAAUUGUGAAAUUCUGCGUCAUGUGGCAAUUUUUUUAUAUAUCUUAAAUAAUAUUGUUGUUACAAAAUUGGUAAGAAAUAUAAUACAUCCAGAUUUGUGUUAAACAUUUACAAUUAUUGGAUAAUGUAGGAAACUUAAUUAUGUA